CUCGCGACAACCCCAACGCCAUAACGCCCUAUUCUCAGUCUUCCCUCAGGUACUGGCGCACCACACUCAGGUCGAUAUAGGUCUCGUAUUUUCAGACCAACCCUUAGUCUAAGAGAGCCAAAUACUCCCACUGUUUGUCCAAACGCCCUGACACCCAGCCCGACCAGAACCGAACACUAGUGAAUACAUACCCCUCUUCAAACAACCACACCCCCAAAAACCCCCUUUGCCACCCUAUUAUCUCCCGCAACCUUCCUCAUCCAAUCCCCCACCUUCCCAACGCACUUCCUAAUCCCAUACCCGGACCCACUAAAUCCAUACUCUGCGCCCGAACUCUCCAAGCAAUCAUACCGCCACCAAACCGCAUCCUUCAUCCACCCAUCCUCCCUCGUCUCCCUACCACUACCCACCUCAAUCUCCUUAACCUUCGCCCUCUUCACAGCCACCAUGUCCGCCGACACCCUGCCAAUUACCCCCUCGCGAUUCACCGCUGCGCUAGCCGACCUCCCGGUCUCCUCUCUCCAUGCCAAGGUCUUUGAACUCCGAAACUCCAUCGCGCACCUGGAGAAGAGUAAUUUGGAGUUGGAGGAAUGGGCAAGGGAGGGCGAUAAAGAGUGCUACGAAGCGUUGCUCGAGAAUCGGGAUGUUGUGCGGAGGAUGGAGGAGAGGGUUGAGUUGGUGAGGAGGGAGAUUGUGGAGGUUAGGGGGUUGCCGUUUGAGCCGGAGAAGGCGAAGGUGGAGGAGAGGGAUGUGGGUGUGGAUGCCUCUCAGAACGGUACGGCUGAGAGAGGAUCUGCGGAGCAGCAGGCGGGCAAUAGACAACCGCAGGCGCAGGUGCAGGCGCAGAGCAACGGCGAUACAACAGCAGAAGGAGAGCAAGGUGUUUUCCUCUGAACAAAAGAAUGCCCCUCGAACCUUCAUAUCAUCAAGCUCGCAACACCAACAGCUCUAGAUACCUGCAAAACUCGACCACCGAACCUAACAAAGUAGCCCUCGGAAAGCCAAAACGGUCGCGUCUCAACUCAUGUAGUAAGAAACUAGUUGUGGUGGGGUUCUCGUUCUGGUCCUUCCCACCUUGUGUCCAUGUGGGUGGUUCGGGAACCGAAUACAUGUGCUGACCGCAACAUCUACAUCCACAUCCACAUCCACAUCCACACCCACUCACCACCCACGAUAACAUAUAGCCAGCCUAUAUAGUUGCGGAAGAACGCGAAGAUCGAAGCCAUGAAGGCGGUGUGGUUGAAAUCUUAGGCAUUCCGCCCAAGCUACUAACGCUCAGCGAAAACGUUGGGACAAAGCAG